UACAACAAUGGUUGAGUACCUGAGUUGGCUUGAUAUGAAUUUCUAUAUUUUAUCUCCAUUAAAGUGGGGAUGGAUGUGUAUGGAUAAGCUUGAGUUGAAAGGAGACGAAUCGUCAUAACAAUUUUGCAUAUAUAAAACGGGAAGACAAAUGUAAUAACAAUUGAAUAGUGAAUAUAAGAAUCUUCUCAAGAAAGUCCGAUUAUUUUCAGUUGGGUAAGGCGGGAACCGAAAUGGGUCGAUCAAUUCAAUCAAUCUCCAUGAAUUUCUGCCUAAUUUCUUUGCGGAAUUGUCAUUGCUAAUAGGCCCAAGAGCUUUCUGGGGUCUCCUGAUUUCGGAAAUGGUUGCGAUUAGACCGACUUUAAUUCACAAGAAUCCAUUCCUUUUCUCAUCCUUUUCAGUUGGGAGAAGCUCUCUUUCUGUGAAGGAAGAAACUGACGAAACACAACUGGAAGUGCCUUCUAAUCGUAUUCACGAGUUGGAGGUGAAAAAUGUGGCUAAAUCGAAAGAUGAACAUAAGCUGUUUGAUGAAAUGCGAAGGAGAUUUUUGAGUUUUAAGAAGCACAAGUAUUUGGAGCAUUUGGAGCAUUUUCAAGCUCUUGCAGAACUGCAAGCCCCUAAGUUCAUGGUGAUUUCUUGUGUGGAUUCUAGAGUAUGCCCAUCCAAUAUCCUUGGAUUUCAACCUGGAGAAGCUUUCAUGGUUCGUAACGUAGCAAACAUUGUUCCGCCAUGGGAGAAUGGACCAACUGAAACCAAUGCAGCUCUUGAAUUUGCGGUGAACACACUUGAAGUUGAGAACAUUUUAGUCAUUGGCCACAGCAGCUGUGCUGGAAUUCAGAGCCUUAUGAGCAUGCAAGAUAAUGCAACUGACUCAAGCUUAUUCUGCCAUGGUAGCUUUGUUCAUAAGUGGGUGGUGAAUGCAAAAGCAGCUAAAUUAAGGGCAAAAGCUGCUGCUGCACAUCUUAGUUUUGACCAGCAAUGUAAACAUUGUGAGAAGGAAUCAAUCAACCUUUCAUUGAAAAACUUGAUGUCGUACCCAUGGAUCGAAGAAAGGUUAAAACAGGAUUUGAUUUCUGUUCAUGGAGGAUACUAUGAUUUCUUGAAUUGUACAUUUGAGAAGUGGAGUCUUGAUUACAAGAACACCAGCAGAGUUGAUAAUGAUGAUGACGACCGUCUAUGUCAUAUUAAAGAUCAAACAAUUUGGUGUUGAAGAUCAUCAUCCCCUCUGAAAACUCUGCUGAAGCCAUUAGAUAAACACAAUGCUUUUGUGAAUAAUAAUUAAAGAAAAUCAAUGUGAAUGUAAUUUAUAAAGUUUCUGGGAAAGAAAUUGUAUAAUAAACACCGUCUUGAGUUCUGAAUGUGGAUCCAAUGAUAUGUAUAUGCUGUCUAAAAAAAAUAAACCUAUUUUGUAGGGUAAUCAAUUUAGUUAA